GCGGGCGGGAGAGAAGCAGCGGCAACAGCCACCUCUGAGAGAGCUCAGCUGGAUGCAGAGAAAGCCUGAGCUUCUGCUGCAGCCUGGUUGCGAAGAGUCUGCCUUUGCUGUAGGCAGAUCUUUAAGUCCUCCCCUACCAGUGACUCCGCCAAGGGCAAGCCCCCCAGAGGGAGGUUCUUUAAAUGGAAACACCGCAUUGAGCCUACUCCAGCACCACCUCCAACUCCCACAGGGGGCUCCCCGGCAGUAUCCGGAGUCACCAUCGAUGAGCAGGUGCCCCUGGUUGGGACUGGGGCCGACUCUUUGGGGAAGAUCUGACUACUGGGAUCUGACUACUGGAGUGGAGAAAAUGGAAAGAGCUGAGGUCACCCUCUGCUGGACUGAAUUCUUGACAUCCAUUAUUGACGGAAAUUAUGGAGGACAUCAAGAAGCAUCCAGCCCCUGGGUUUCUCUUCAGCCUCACCAUGGACACUCUUACGGAACUCAGGAGCUCCACAAGUACAUCAACUCGGAGAAGCCCCGGCUGCAGACUCUGGGCCGAGAAGACUACAUUGAUGCUCUGGCUCACGUGGCCAGACUGCCCAAUAACAAGAACAUUGAGGUGCUCCAGAGGAUGAUUAGGGCUUUGCUGGAGGAGGCCCCAUCUGUCUGGAGUUUAAUCAGCAUCUUGAAGCUCUAA